UGAUUAUUGCAAUACUAACUGUAAGAUUGGCAGCAGUAUUUUGCAACAUAUGGACUAGUAGAAAUAAAGUUAAACAUUUGCUGUAUGUCUGGAAUGAGAGAGUGCUACCACUGCUGUUUAGCAAGGCUGUGGAGUGGAGUGCGGAGCAGUGGAGCUGCAGGUUUUUGCCUGGAGCUGGAGUGGAGCUGGAGCACAGCUCCAAAGCCCUGCGCUUAGUUAACUGUUUUAAUGGAGCCCAGUGAUUGCAACUUUUUAUGUUAACCAGGGAGUUGAAGCUGCGUAAAGAAAUCUUUAUUCCUGAUACACUUCACAAUUCGUGCUGAUUAUAGGGCACUGAUGAUCUUGAGGUUAAAAUACAGGACUUAGGAGUCUGGUUAUCUAAUGGAUUUGUUUUCAAAGGCAUGUAUUUUCAUAGUAGCUAAGCACUGGCCUUAAUAGACAAUUCUUCUUGCUUUGUGUGUGUGUUUUGAUCGUUUCCUUUCCGUUCCUCAGUUGUCUUAGUAGGAUGCUGUUUCUCAGGGGAUGUAGGGCUUGCAUUUGGACCUGAACACUGUUAAGCUAUGCUCUGUAUCAUUGGCAAAAGCAAUCCAUUUGACACUGGUGACAGGUGAUCCCUGAGAAAAGAGAUGGAGGAAAAGGACAGGAAGAAGCACCGUAAGAAGCACAGUGGGCCAAAGGCUGACAAAAAAAGGAAACGUCAUCUGAAUGAUCUAGGACUUGGAGAUGAUGAGGAUGCUCGGAAGAGAAACCCAAAGGCCUUUGCGGUCCAGUCUGCUGUGCGGAUGGCCAGAACCUUCCACAGGACUCAGGAUUUGAAGACGAAAAAACAUCACAUUCCAGUAGUUGACCGAACUCCCUUAGAGCCUCCUCCUGUGGUGGUGGUUGUAGUUGGCCCUCCAAAAGUUGGGAAGAGCACUUUAAUAAAAUGUCUAAUUAGGAACUUCACGAGGCAAAAACUGAUUGAAAUACGAGGUCCUGUAACGAUUGUAUCAGGUAAAAGGCGUAGGCUAACCAUUAUUGAAUGUGGAUGUGACAUUAACACAAUGAUUGAUCUGGCUAAAGUUGCAGAUUUGGUUCUUAUGCUCAUUGAUGCCAGCUUUGGAUUUGAGAUGGAAACCUUUGAAUUCUUGAACAUCUGCCAAGUACAUGGCUUUCCCAAAAUCAUGGGUGUCCUUACCCACCUGGAUACCUUCAAGAACAACAAACAGUUAAAGAAGACCAAAAAGAGAUUGAAACACAGAUUCUGGACAGAAGUGUAUCCGGGUGCCAAACUGUUUUAUCUCUCUGGGAUGGUACACGGAGAGUACCAAAAGCAGGAAAUUCAUAAUCUGGGACGCUUUAUCUCUGUUAUGAAAUUCCGUCCACUUACAUGGCAGACAUCUCACCCAUAUGUCCUAGCAGACAGAAUGGAAGACUUGACAAACCCAGAAGAUGUUCGAGUCAAUCCAAAGUGUGACAGAAAGGUGUCACUUUAUGGCUACUUAAGAGGGGCAUACCUAAAAAACAAAAGCCAAAUUCACAUGCCAGGUGUAGGGGACUUUACUGUGAGCGAUGUGAGUUUCCUGCCAGACCCCUGUGCACUUCCUGAACAGCAGAAGAAGCGUUCCUUAAAUGAGAAGGAUAAACUUAUUUAUGCCCCACUGUCAGGAGUUGGAGGUGUAGUGUAUGACAAAGAUGCUGUUUAUAUUGACCUUGGUGGAAGUCAUGCUCAUCAAGAUGAAGAGGAAGAAGUGAGACCAAAUCAUGAACUAGUCCAGAGCCUCAUCUCCACACAUUCCACCAUCGAUGUUAAGAUGGCUUCAAGCAAAGUGUCUCUUUUCAUGGACUCCAAACCAUUAGGUUCAGAAGAUGUGGAAAACCAAGACAGAUUUGUGAUGCCAAAAGAAGAGAAACAAAUUGAUUUGAAGACUGGGAGAGUACGUCGGAAGGCAGUGUUUGAAGAAGAAAAUGAUGAUGGAGCAAGUGAUGAAGAGGCGGGUCAAAAUGAAGAAAUGUCUGAGGACGAGAUGGAUGGAAGUGAAGAUGGUGAAGGUGAUGAUGAUGUUGAGGGAGAAAGUGACAGAGAGGUACCAGGGCAAGAGCUAGGUCUCACGAGUGCCAAGCGUCUGAAAAGAGAGGAGACUACAGAAGAAACUGCAGUGGAACUGCCAGCAUUUGCUGAUAGUGAUGAUGAUCUUGAGAUGAGUUCAGGGGAAGAAGGGGAAACUGACCUUGAUGAAAGCAAGGAAGAAGCAGAAGACCAUGGAGAUGAAGAAGAGAGUGAUGAAAAGGAAAGUUCAGACAGCGAUUCUGAAUCUUCGAGCAGACAAAUAAGUAAAUUCACACCCUGUGAAUUAGGCAGGGAAGAUAAAGAACGAAGAGAGAAUCAUAACCUAGAUCACCGCUUGGGUAAAAAAGUGGUUCCCACUACAGAUUCUGGAAACUGCACAGCUGAAGAGGCAUCUGAAUCUGAUGCUGAAGGAUCCUCCCUGGAAGAGGAGGAAGAAGAAAGAUUAAAUGAUGACUCAGAAGCUGAAGAGUCAGAUAGGAAAGGGAUUCAGAAUGCUCCAGAGAAGAAUGUAGAUGGUGUUGAAUGGGCUGAAUCGAAGGCUGUAGAAGAUGAUGAUGUUGAAAAUCUACUGAAAGAGGAAGAGGAGUAUGGAGAAGAAAAUGACUUUUCUGCAGACACAGCAGGUGCACUUAAGUGGAAGGAAGACCUUACCCAAAAGGCAGCCGAGGCUUUUCUGAGACAACAACAGUCGGCUCCCAACCUUCGCAAACUUGUUUAUGGAACAGUGGCUGAGGAUGCCGAUGAAGAAGAUGAUGCUGAUGAAGAGCUUGGAGGGCUGUUCCACGUCAGCCGUCCUGACAAAGAAUCCAAACAAAAGGCUAAUGCCCUUGACUGCUCCAAAUUUCCAGUGGAAACCCCCCAGGAUUGGGAUUUAGAUGAGGUUAUGAACAGUAUUCGAGACUGCUUUGUAACAGGAAAGUGGGAAGCAGAUAAAGAUGCAGCAAAACUGCUGGAGGAAGAUGAAGAACUGUAUGGUGAUUUUGAAGACCUUGAAACAGGGGUUGUGCACAAAGGAAAACCAGCAGCAGGAGGAGAUGAGGCUGGAAGUGAAGGAGAAGAAGAGGAUAAAGAAGGAAAAGAACCCAAAGCAGGAGAGGAGGAGGAGAAGAAAAAGCGCAUGGACAAGAAACGCAAAUUGAAGGAGAUGUUUGAUGCUGAAUAUGAUGAAGGGGAUGCCACAUACUUCGAUGAUCUCAAAGGGGAAAUGCAGAAACAAGCUCAGCUUAAUCGGGCUGAAUUUGAAGACCAGGAUGAUGAAUCCAGAGUUCAGUACGAGGGCUUCCGCCCUGGGAUGUAUGUUCGAAUAGAGAUUGAGAAUAUCCCAUGUGAAUUUGUGCUUAAUUUUGACCCUCACUAUCCAAUCAUCCUGGGUGGUUUAGGCAACAGCGAAGGAAAUGUGGGAUAUGUACAGUUACGUCUGAAAAAACAUCGUUGGUAUAAGAAGAUACUUAAAACACGGGACCCUAUAAUCUUCUCCUUGGGGUGGAGGCGAUUUCAGACUAUCCCUAUGUACUACAUUGAAGAUCAUAACGGGCGUCAUAGGCUUCUUAAGUAUUCCCCACAACAUAUGCAUUGUGGAGCAACGUUUUGGGGCCCCAUCACUCCCCAAGGGACAGGAUUUUUGGCAAUUCAGUCAGUCAGUGGCACAACGCCUGAUUUCCGGAUAGCUGCCACAGGAGUCGUGCUUGAUUUAGAUAAAUCCAUAACAGUUGUGAAGAAAUUAAAGCUGACUGGUUUCCCAUUUAAAAUUUACAAAAACACAUCAUUUAUUAAGGGAAUGUUCAAUUCUCCAUUGGAAGUGGCUAAAUUUGAAGGGGCGGCCAUUCGCACUGUGAGUGGUAUUCGAGGACAGAUCAAAAAGGCUCUUAGAAAACCUGAAGGAGCGUUCAGGGCAACAUUCGAAGACAAGCUGCUGAUGAGUGAUAUUGUCUUUAUGCGGACUUGGUAUCCUGUUUCCAUCCCAGCCUUCUAUAAUCCAGUAACAUCCUUGCUGAAGCCGGCAGGUGAGAAAGAUACUUGGACAGGAAUGAAGACAACUGGCCAACUGAGGCACGAACGGGGCAUCAGACUGAAGCAAAACAAAGAUUCCCUUUAUAAGCCAAUAGUGAGGGAGAAGAAGCAUUUCAAUAAGCUCCACAUUCCUAAAGCACUCCAGAAGGCACUGCCAUUUAAGAACAAGCCUAAGAAUCAUGAGAAGAAAGCGAAGCUUACGAAGGACCAGUGGAGACCAGCGGUUAUCAGGGAGCCUCAUGAAAAGAAGAUAUCAGCCCUACUUACUGCUUUGGGUACCGUGCAUAGUUACAAAAUAAAGAAGGCCAAAUUAAACCAUCGUCAGCACCUUAAAGAUUACCUCAAAAGGAAGAACAAGGAGGAGGAAGAGAAAUUUAAGAGGCAAAAGGAAGCCAAGAAAAAACUCUUUCGAAUUAUGGGACAGAAGGAGAAAAAGAGGCAGAAGUCAAGCUUGAAGGGAUCUGGAGAGAGAGAGAAGUGAGUUUCUGGAGGUCUCAUCAGAUCUCAAAUGGAACUGAGGGAUAGUUAUCUAUGCAGUACCUACAAACAUCAAAUCAAAAGACAAUAUCUGAAACCAUGCCUUGGAAUAAAUUGAACUUGCUAUUGAGAAGACAAGGGGAAAAAAAAAUACUAAUACGACCUCUUAUCAUUUGGAAAUGCAUAUAAAUAAAAGAUGUAAAUUAUUUUUUGGGGGGGGGGGAAUUCAUAUCUACUGGAGAACUGUCUCCUUUGUAUUUCCGUGCAGUUACAUCAAUACUGCAUGCUCUGCAAGCAACCAUUAAACUAUUUUAAUGUUAA